GUUAGUUGACUUUUGGCAAAGAUGCGCCACAGACGUUUCGACACACCGUAAACGGGCGAUACGAAGAAAAUUUGUUAAGAUAGUAAUAUUAAAGUGGAAAAGUAAAAAAAAUUGAAUGUGAGCAUAGAAAAAAGAGAAAAGUGAAUAAACUGCAGAAUGGUCUACAUAAAAGUAAUACUUUAUGCAUUUAAAGAAUGUGUGUGCAUCAGAUAGCAAAGCAAUUUUGUCAAAUAUUGAAUAUAAAGUGGAGAAGAAGUUUCAACAAAUUUGAAAGCCAAAACCGAAAUGACUAAAAAAUAGCAAAAAUAAAGAGACAAGAAACAGAUUCUUCGCCACAUUCGAUUGUGACAGUGAUGUGUCUAUACAACAAAAGGAAGUCAAAGAUUUUGCUGACGAAAAUAGAAAACAGCGCAAAAUAAGUAAACAAAGCAGCAAAGCAAAAUCAAUGCAAACAAAAACAAGUUACAAUAAAAAUAAAUAUAAUAAAGUAAGUGUUUAUAUAAAAUAAAAUCAGCAGGGAUAACAUCAAAGCAACGCAAGCACAAAAGAGCAAUGAAGCAAAGGCUACACAAAGCAAAGAAAGAAGAAUGAGCAAACGCCACGAUACACACAAACACACACAGAGGCACACAAAGCAAACUAGGCAAGAAAACUGGCAUUGAUGCGAGAAAACCGACAGUGCGCUAGAAAUUGGCUAAAGGCUUCAACACCAGCAACAACAAUUCUCUAUGAGAACAACGAAACUGUGCCACACCGCAUGCCACAAAAUGUAUUUCCGACGCUAUUGGCAUUGGCAAAGCUAUGCUAGCUACGCGGCCGUUUGGCUAUUUUGGCUGACGUUUAUAAGUGCGCAGCAGCAACGAUUUUAUGGUGAUGGCUGCUCGGCGGCAACGCUAUACGCCAAACAGCAACAAAACACUCAAAUAUUCCAAAAACAUUCGUCACCACAACAGCUGCAAACUAGCAGCGAUUGUAGCGAACAGAUGGUGCAAAUCAGCGCAACAAUAUUGCCACCUCUACAAAAAACAACAAAACUAACAAGACGUAGUGCAACAGUAAUGAUUACCCCGCGGCAAGUUGUAGGCGAUGUAGUGACAGAAGCAAUUCCAAUGCUUGCAUCGAUGUUGCGCGGCAAGACGGCGGAAAUGCCAUACGCCAUGCUGCCGGAACUUGACAGCGAAAGUGAUGAGCGCCUAGCGAUAGCGGAUGACAAUGAAGUGGCAAUAACAAAAGCAAAAGCGAAUACCAAUGGGUCACAGCUGAAGUUCACCAAUUCGUUGGCGAUAAGCGCUGGGAGCGGUAAUAGCAUCCACAAUGAUAAUACCACUAAAAGCUUCAACAACCAAACAACAAUAACAACAACAGCAACAACGAAAAUAAGCGUACUGCCAAAAAUGGAGGCAAUAAAACGGGAAGUGACCGCAAUGCCAAAAUUCCAAAUAUCCUUUGCAACGUCAAAACAGGCAAUAACAACAACAAGAGCUUCACCGUUAACACUGCUUCCGUUUGCCGACAGCAGCCACACCACAGCAAGUGCAGCAGCCAAACAACUCAUUGCGAAGAAUUUAAAACACUCCAAGUAUGCCAUUAACGCUGAUCAUUUGGUGUACGAUUUUAGAACGAAUGUGGCAAAUUUGUUUGCAAACGACAGCGCAGCUAUUCGAACUGGAAAUGCGCGCACUGUCGAAGAAUUUAAAAAUAGCAAACGCAAUAAUGAAGUGCCUACUAAAAAUGUGCAUGAAAACAGCGACAACAACAACGACAACUAUGCGCCCAUUGUAAGCAACAAGCCAAUUUCGAACAGCAGAAAUAAAAAAAGUAAAAACAAUGCCAACAACGAAAACAACGAACAUAAUAACAGUGUCAACAAUCUCCAUACCGUCGAGCAGAGGUUGCACACGAGUGCUGAGCUGAAUGCUAAUUCUGCUGCUAUCGCCUUAAGUUCCAAUUUAUCUGAUGACCUAUUGGUUGAACCAGCAACUAAUGCGAGUAGCAUUGACAGCGGCAAUAACAAUAAUAAUAACCGUGGCAAAAAUGAUAUACAUAACAAGCAAAAUAAAGCACCGCACAGCAAUGAACGUCGUCACAUCGUGCCGGAAAAAUUGCAAUACACCAAGGAGAUACGGAUGAAGCAGGGUCGUCUAAUGGGCAUCACGCGACAUUUUCAUCCGUCGACCGGUUUACGUGAUGUCGAUGAAUAUCUGGGCUUGCCAUAUGCAGAGGCACCCGUAGGCAGUCGCCGUUUCAUGCCACCAGGUGCACCAUUGCCAUGGCAAGGAUUGAAAAUGGCUCGUCAUUUGCCACCAGUCUGCUUGCAGCAGUUGCCCGAUGUCACGGCGCAGGGAAGUGUGAAAAUGUCACGCGGUCGUUACAAGCAAUUGACACGCCUGUUACCCUACCUGAAGACGGAGAGCGAAGAUUGCCUUUACCUGAAUGUGUUUGUGCCGCGUGUGGAUGCUGUAUACGACACGUCCAACGCCUACGAUAUGGACACACAAUCCACAAAACGUUUACCGGUAAUGGUGUACGUGCAUGGCGAAUCUUUUGAGUGGAAUAGUGGUAAUCCCUACGAUGGCUCAGUGCUCGCCAGCUAUGGGCAAGUCAUUGUUGUUACCAUUAAUUAUCGGCUCGGUGUAAUGGGUUUUCUGAAGCCCAGUAUUGAUGAGAAUACUGUCGCGAAUUUCGGACUACUCGAUCAAAUUGCCGCCUUGCAUUGGAUUAAGGAGAAUAUAGCAUCUUUCGGCGGCGAUAAGGACAGCGUAACGCUCAUGGGACACAGCACAGGUGCUGCGUGCGUAAAUUAUUUGAUGAUAUCGCCUGUUGCAUCCGGACUCUUUCACCGCGCCAUACUUAUGUCGGGUUCAGCUAUGUCAGACUGGGCGGUCAGUAAUCAUUCGCUUCAGCUCACUAUGCAAAUCGCUCACACGCUCAAUUGUCCCUUAAACGAUGACAACGAGGAGAUGCUGUCCUGCUUGCGACAAAAGCGCUAUCAGGACAUCUUGAAAAUACCAAUAUCAUUUCCCCAAUUUUCAACUCCAUUGGGUCCAAUUGUCGAUGGCCAUGUGAUACCAAAUCAGCCAUACAAAGUGAUGGGACAAUACACUGAGCACUUCAGUCGCUAUGAUUUAUUAUUUGGCGUCACCGAGUCCGAAUCGUAUCACACGCUGGGCGCAUUAGCACUCGAAGAAGGAUUACGUGAAAAUGAGCGCGAUAAUUUAUUGCGUUUCUAUAUGCAGAGUCGUUUUGAUGUUCGACCCGAUCUGGCAUUGGCUGCCACGCUCAAGAAAUAUGAGGACAUGUACAACAAUCCUACGAAAGGAACCAAUUCAGAACAUCGUGAUGUUGUACUCGACAUACUUUCCGACGCACGCGUAGUGGGUCCUCUAAUGCAGACGGGUUUAUAUCAUGCCGAUGUUAAUCGACGCAAUUAUAUGUAUGUUUUUGGACAUAACAGCGCAACGGGACCGCAUGCAAAUUUGCCACAUAGCAUUACGGGUGAAGAGUUAGCCUUCAUUUUCGGUGCUCCACUUGCACCAGCUGGUCCCUUUCCUAGCAAUUCGUAUGGCGCGCAGGAAAAGCUGCUUUCCGAAGCAGUAAUGACGUACUGGACUAAUUUCGCGAAAACAGGAAAUCCGAAAGCACCUUGGAAGGGUAGUUUCAUCAAUUUACAUGCAUUGGAAUGGGAUAGAUAUGAUCUCGAUUGGCCGGAAUUUAAUAAACGUACGCAAUCAUAUAUGAAUAUUGGCAUACCACCAACAAUUGGCUACAAGUACCGACAAAUCUAUAUGAAUUUCUGGAACAAAGAGUUGCCCGAUGAACUGAACCAAAUUGCAAACAUACAACGGCAGCCGUAUUUGCAUACAACCCUGUACAACGGUGCCGAUAGUAACUUUGCUACGAGUAGUGCCACAGCUGCAACACAGCAUAUGUAUCCGGUGCAGCGGCAUGGUGGUGGCGAAGUAAUAACCGGGCACAUGAGUCAAUUUGGCACCCGCGAUAAUGGUGCCGAGGAUCCAGUACGCACAUUGAAACUAUUACUACAGGCGCCAUGGAAAUUAGGUGGUAACAAAGAGCCUGGCGGCAGCACAAGUGAUGCGAAUGCGGCAGGCGAUACCUUUGCCGAGAAUAUGUACAAUGCGCCACCGACAUUUGGCGUAACAAGACAAGCGAACGACGAACAAAUCUAUACGAUGACCGCAAAUGGUAUAAUGGGUGGGCUAGCUGGCAUCGAUAGAGGGGGAAUUGUGGCUGGAAUAAAUGACUUGGGUGGUUUUAGCGAAAUUGGUGUUGGCACUGGCGCAACGUUGGCUGGCAGCAGUGCAAUUUAUGGUGUGCCAAGAGCGGAAAUUGCGGAGUAUGACAAUGGUGUUGGUGGUAGAGGCAGCGAUGGCGGUGGUGGUGCCACAGGUAAUAAUGCGGGUAGCAGUACUGUCGUUGGUGACGAGCCCAGCACUGGUAACAAAGAGGAAGUUGCCAAAUCAGAGACGACAAUAAAACUACUCAUCGGGCUGAUUGCCGUCUUUAUUGUCCUUAAUGUCAUCAUUUACUCGACAUUCCUGCUGCAGAGGAAGAAGAAAGCGCAUGCAAUGCAACGAAAACUGGGCGGUAUACUCAGUUACGAAGGCACCACUGACGAUGAGUUCAAGCGUUCGAAGCAAAAUGACGGCGACGAGAGCUACAUUUUAGACAUUGUACGCAAAUCGAACACUUACGAAGCAGUCAAAACGGAACGUUCGCCGAUUAAUGGCUUUCAAAUGACACGACAACUGAGCACCUCCACCGUCGACACGCACACCAAAGUGUGUGCUUGGAUGUCUGCUGCAGUCGGUGCCGCUGCAGAUGCAAAAGCAUGUGUUGGUGGGGGCGGGGCCGAUAGCUCAAAGGGUGGUUCGAAAAAAUCCUCGUCGCCCACAUUUUCCUCACUACGCAGCAGUAGCGCCGGCGGCAGUUUCAAGCAGCCAGUGGGAUCGCAGAAAGUGAGCGUCGCUGUUGAUGCUACACAAUCGGCACGCAGCAGCAGCGUAAUGGAACAAGAACCGAUAGAGGUGCACAAAUUAAAGUCAGAUGGGCGCAAUAUAAUUAUCUGCCAGGAGGUAGAGGUAACCGAUCAGGAUUUGCUCACGCCGCAGAACUCUUUGGAUAGCACACGUUAUGCUCUCACCCGCCAACACUCCGCCGCCACUGAGCCAUGUGAUGCGGAAUUGCCACAGCAGGGGCAACUGCCGCCAUAUAUACCAAUGCCACAGCAUGCGCACUCACACUCGGACCCUGUCGAUAUGCAACACUACUAUAGUAGUAUGUGUGAUAAAAUUGAGGAGAAUGAAAAGGUCACCAGUUUUCUGGGUGAGGAUGUAAAUGUGACCAGCCGCGAUAAUGAUGAUGAUGGUGGGAUAGGAGGCGCUUGUCGUACACCAGCGCAGCAACUACAAGUUAUCAAAAGUCGUAAUUAUCCCAAAGUUUUGCCAACAACCAAUGCUAAUAUCGAAUUUCAUGCAAACCCUAAUGAUUCACCACCCAUGACGCUGGACUUGCGCACCACUAAUAAACGCAACUCAUUGCCGCCUAAUAGCUUUCUGCCGCACUUCAGCAACACACUCGGUGCAGGUGGCACUAUGGGUGCACGUUAUCCACCACUUCCGCCACCGCGCACAAUCUCCACGCUCGGACGGAAACCUUCGGCGCGCCGUAAUAGCAGCAAUAUCACCACAUCACCAUUAAUGCUAGCACACGACUGCACAGCUGAGGAGGAAGACGAGCCACCAAUAACGCAAAAUACGCUUAUCGUGGGUCCCAUAGUACCGCAACAAAAGCCGAAGAUGCAAACGGGCGCUAGCGGUGAUACUAAUUACUCGACGCUUAAGCGCGCUGAGCUUACCACAACUGACAAGGCGCCCUCUAACAGCCUGACAAGCAGCAGAGCGGAAGAUGUAACGGGCGCAGCAGCGACAAAACUUAUUCAUAGCUUUUCGGAGGCAUCACUAACGCCGGCGGCCAACACUCAAAUCGGCUCCAAGCCGCACGCCACGACGUCUGGUGGUGUUGCUGGUGUGACAGUCUUAAGUAACGGUGCUGCUGCGGGGUUGCAAAGCUUCGAAAGCCGUCCAAUUUCCGUCGAAGUGGAAGACAAAUUGCUGCAAAAACACCAACAAACACACCACACAGAGCGCAUUUACGCGAUACAACAGCCGACUAAUUUGCCAGCCACACAAAAUGAUGACAUGACAGCAGCAGGGAUGGCAAAUGCGAUAACACCAAAGCUAAUUACACCUACAUUAAUGAAUUUGGCAGGCCAUCAAACCGUAGGUGUACGCAAUAGUCUAAAGACAACAAUGGGUCACAACAACAAAGGCGGUACAACAAUUAAUGCUGGCAUUACUGACAUUUAUGCCCAACCCAAUAAGUCCAAAAUUAAAGCGAAAUCAAAUUUGGCAGCAUCACACGAGAAUAUGCCCAGCGAACAACCGACAGCAGCAGCAACACUCUCACUCACCAAAUCAAACGGAACAGGCAUCAUACCCGCUUUAGCGGACUCACACGAUUACUCAUCAAAGUCGAUUGCACUUGAUGAUAAGGCCAAAGCCAACUCGCUAACAAAAACAACAACAACAACGUCAACAACUACUAAAAUAACGACCGGUGUAGAUGCAACAGCAUUGACAAACACUGGCGUCGACAAACCGGUGACAGCUAUGAGCAAGCAAACAAUGGAAUCUGUGACAGCAGCAGCGGUUCAGAAAGCUUCAGCCAUGGCUAACGACAUAAGUGCUACAGUAAGUACUACAGACGAUGCAACAGUACUGCACUCAUGCAUAUCAACGGGUGAUGUCAGCUCAGGCAGCUUACAAGCACGAUUAGAGCAAAAGCAAACCGAACAACGACAACAAAACGCAACGACAGUUGCCUUGACAAAACAUGGCAUAGUCGAUGCAAUAGCAAAAACAGCAGCAGCGGCAUUACGCGUACCUGUCAAUUGCAUGUCAGCCACAUCGACAGCCACAACGACAACGGCAAUGGCAACGUCAACCACAACAAGGACAAUAGCAAAUGCCAUCGCCGCACAGUUGGCUCAAACCAAGCCUUUAAAAGCAGCUUUCGCGUUCGGCGCAGAGAAAACAUCAACAGUCGGCGGUAGUGUCAACAGGCAGGCAAGUUUGCGUGACUCCUGUCUGAGUUCAGUGUCGUCGCGUUCAACAGAUUCCAGAGCGUCCUCGGCGUGUUCAACGUCCUCGGAUUCCACGGCAUCAUCAAAUGCCUCUACCGCAACGGGUACGUCUUCUUCUGGCUCGGCAUCGUCCACGGAUACUGUACGCACCGAACUGCAACAAAAGUAAAAAGAUCAACCUGUCUAUUAAGUACACAAUUUAUUCAGUUUUUUGCCAGCAUCUCACAUUUGCCACCGCAUGCUAUGCAAUUAAUUCAGUUUGCUUAUGCUAUACUCUUUCAGUUCGGCUGCUUGGUGACCUAUUUCCGCUAUCGUUCGCUCUUUUUGCAAUUUGCAAGGUACAACAAGCUUCGAGCUUUACUUGCAUUGAAUUUUACUGAUUUGUAUCAACUAGAUGCUUGGCGUUAGUACCAUGUUUUAUUAUAUAACUAUUAUCAAGAUUUAAAGUAUCACGCCUACAAAGAACUAUUGUCAAUAAUUCCACAAACUUAUCGUAACUAAGAUAUUCAACUCGACUUCGCUGGAUUUUACGCAUCCUAAAUGGAAGCAAGCAACGCACUAAAAAAAUAAUAAGUGAUAACACAUUUGUCGAUACUCUCAAUCUGAUACAGCGUUGAAAACUAAUCUUAUAUUCAAACUUACUUUCAAACGCUCUCUCUAAGUCGCAUUAUAUUGUUAGAUAGAAGAAAGGGCCAAUCGAAUCCUAAGAAGCACUAAUCGCCACGAAGUUUGUAACCUUCAUAAAAAUACGUUGGAGACCAUAUAAAGCCUAUACAUAAAUGAUCAGUGUGACGAGCUGAGUUGAUUUAGCCAUGUUCGUCUGCUCGUCUCAGUUCUUGGUGUUUAAGUUUUAGAGAUGUCGAUAUGAAAUUUGCACACGACCUCUUCUUUGUGGGAAACGCCGGUAAUGGAGCACUAUAGGAUCUAACUGGCAUACAAAUUAAUCGAUUAAAAUCCAAUCUUAGUAUGGGAAACUUUUUUAUUUGAGAAGAUAUCUUUACGAGAAAAUGGUAUAUUAUAACAUAUAGCUAUCAUGCAUGCUGACCAAACAAAUUAUGAUAAGGAUAUUAAUAAAAUAUCUUUAUUUAUACUCGAAAAUUGUUUAUUAGCAAACAAGGUGGCUAAAACGAACUGAUAAAAUGUUUUCUCCGAAUUUUACGUUUUUCCUUGUUUUUUAAUGAGGUCAUGUUAGGAAAUCUGGAAUCAAUUCUAGUUGUGACCUCUUAUAAAAACGUUAUGUACUAGUGGUACUUUUAUUACAUUAUUUAAUAGUCAUCUGUAUAUAAAAUAAAAGCGUUCUUCUAGAGCUCAAUCGUUUUAGUUUCCGUUUACAUGCUACGUGCAGUUUAGCAAUGUUCCACUGCAGUUUGUUGCACCCUACGCUGCUACUUUGUUGCUUUUACUCUAUAUAAUAUUCUAUAUAAAUAUAUAUUUUUUGUGAAAGUUUUAUAGUUAUUUGGCUACUUUGCAUAGUUUGUGCGAGAAUGAGCGUUUAUGCGUUGAUGAUAUGACCGCCGCAACUCUAUAACGAGUUGACGUACAAGGGCAAGAACGUUCGCGAUACAUGCGCAACAGCAAAUAUUUAC